CACUCACAUUCGAGUCACAACAGUUCAGUAUUGUUUUGAGACAGUUCUGUUGUCCGGUGAGCGACACUUUCUUGACGAAGAGCUGAACUGAAGAAGAAAGUUGGUCAGGUCCUAGUGCGGCUGUAAACCCUGCUUUCUUCUUUCCUCCAACUGCUUCUCUGUUGUGCUUUACUCUUGAAUUAUGAACAGUCCGCUCUCUUCAGACUCCCAAUUCACUUUAGACUUCGAAAAAGUAAGUAAGUUAGGACAGGUGCUUGAAGAGCCAGUUCUAAUCCACAGCUCCCGAGAAGACCACCCGUCCGUCUCUGUCAAGCCAGUGGAUCUUGUUCGAGCUGUGGAGGAACGUAUUUUGAAACAAAACGACGUCUUCCUCCACGACGUCCGCUUGAACGGCAGUGCGGCGACAUGGGUAGUGGACAACGAUGUGAGUACGACGUUCAGUACGGAACGAAAAUACAACGAUAUUGACCUCAUAUUUCGGGUAGAUAUUCCAGCUGAACAGAGCUUCGAUUCCAUUCUCCAUGCCGCUCUGUUCGGCUUUCUGGACGCCGUAAAAAACUCGGGAACGAUUGUUCCUGGCCAUGGCGGAGCGGACACCCCCAACCCCUACAAGCUGCAGGAAGCCUAUGUUCGGAAAUUGGCUCGCGUAUGGAGUUCAUCGGAUCACUGGUGCCUAAUCAGUUUCCACAACAUCAGAGGACUUGACCUUGAGCUGAAGUUCGUGGAUCGGUGCCACCGACCCUACGAGUACUCAGUUGAUUCGUUUCAAGUUAUCAUCGACUCGUACCUGGCGCUGAAGAAAGUCUCACCGUCCAACAGCCCCCAUCUCUUUCCCACAGUCAAUGUUGAAACAAUGUGGGGUGAUGUUAAGGAAGCCCUGCGCCAUGUAAAUGAACGGUGGAUAGCAACCCGCAAUCCGGAGAGCAUUCGUGGCGGUGGCCUGCUGAAGUACUGUAAAUUGCUUGUGCUAGGCUAUCGGCCAGCGUACACCGACCUCCGGCGAAUGGAGCGGUAUAUGUGCAGCCGCUUCUUCAUCGACUUUGCCACACCAGCGUUAGUAGAGAUCCAGAUCACCAAGUACCUGGAGACUCAUUUUCGCCAGGUGCGUUCCCAUUUCGACACGGCUUGCCUGGCAUCGGCAUUCCUAUGGUCCUUGUUCCGAGUGGUGGAGCUGUCUUCGGACUGCUUGGCUGUUGCCGACCGCCGGCGGGUGUUGCACAUCAUCCUGAAUCAGGCCAGUGCGCUAGAGCAACCAUUCCAGAUUUCCUUCCCAUCAUUUCGUCCGGUGCGACCAGUACAGGGCUGCUCUGCAAAGCAGAUUUGUAACCGCUUGGAGGUUGCCCGAAGCCCCAUCAUCGGUGGCCGAUGUCCGGCAGCAUAGUUGGAGUUGAGGUAAUGCAACAAGUUGAAGCUGUUUUAUAGAGAAUUUUCAAAGCUGUACAGCAAUGCUGUUUAUGUGUUCUUCGGGCACCUAUGUCCCUAGGUGUGCAUGCCUUGUAUUUCAAUUUUAUUCAUCCUACUCUGCCUCGUGUUGAUGCGACCCCUUAUGUUUAUGUAUCCUAAUCUAUGAGAGAGUGAGUGUGUGUGUGUGUGUGUGUGUGUGUGUGUGUGUGUGUGUGCGUGCGCGUGUGCGUGUGUGUGAUGAGAGAGCGAGCAAGCGAGUGAUGGAAGCAUGCAUGUACAUAUGCAUGCGUGGAUAUCACCCAGUCAAUUUUUUGGUCCCGUUUUUACCUCUACCUCACAUGUCAGGAAAAACCAACCUUGUUAUAUCUUGCAUGCAGUGCGGUGUUGAGACAUUUUUCGGUAGUCCUACUGCUUUGCCAUAUUUCUAUCCUCACGAAAAAAUGCACCCAAUGAAUAUGUUACCACUAAACUGAUUAGGGAAAAUGUCUUUACUCUCCAUUCCUCCUUCGAAUGCCCUUUUGCCGUUUCAUUUUAGAUUGUAUGGAAAGUUUGUUUGCACCAGGUCAUGUUAUAUUCUACCUUUAUUAUCCUUAUUCCUAGUUGAUUUUAUUCCUCUCGGUUGCUCCUGUUGUUCAUGAUCAUAUGCGAGUACUUCAGUAGUUAUCUAGUCUCAUUGCUUUCAGCUUUCGUUUAGUUCUCUCUCCGAUUCUUCAGUUGAAUGGUCUUCGCUGGUCGUUUUCCACAUAUGUUCUGCUCAUCUUUUAGAGUGGUGUUUCUUAUUUUUCUAUUUUACUCUUUGUUGUAAGCUUCGGCCAAACAAAUGUCCACCAACCGCAA